AUGACAUUCGUGCAUCACUUAGAAGCUCUCAUUAAUGUUGGCCACACCCUUGACAUGGGAAUAAAUCUCUUGUUAUGCAUGUGGUUGGGAAAGGAAUCAGGAUGGUUCGCUGUUGGCUUGCUAAUGUUAGGUGGAAGCGAAUUCAACGUUAUGCUGAUGGACAAGGAACCAUUUCUAACAUUUAUUAUCAGCAUCAACAACAUUGACCUCAUUAGCUACUCUUCUCUCUUUUCAAGCACCGUGGAACUCUUCAAAAUGAAGUUCAACGCAGCUGCUGUCCUUGUCUCCCUUAUUGCCUGUGCCUCGGCUGCACCGACUGCCACGACCACACCUGCGCCUCAGACUCCAAAUGAGAAGCCCAAUGACCCUGAUAUCGUUUUUGCGCUCAGCCCAGCAAAUGACUGUGGAGACUCAACUUUUACCAACGGAAGUUCACCAGCCUCCCCUCUAGCUGCUGACUGCUUGAAAAUCGCCUCCAACAUCGCCGCCGGUGGAACCUGGACCGUUCAAGUUGGUGGGUGGCAUCAACUUGUCCAAUUCGGAACCUGCGCGCUCGGCGUUAGAAAUGCUGGCCCCGGCUGGCAUGCUAUCAAGGUUGGGAAUCAGGAUAUCAUCGACGUUAUCAACACGUCCAUCCAGAAGUUCAAGUGGUUUGAUAAAGUCGGCGCCUCAGGUGAGAUGCCUUGCCAGAUAGUGACAACCGGCUGGCAAAAUACUCAGUGGAGCAUUUAUCAUAAUUAA